UAAGCUUCACUGGCUUCGCUUCAAGUGUAGGGGACGACGGCCUUAACAUUGGCGGCUUUCCUAUAGAGAAGACGGCUUCAACUGGGAAUGAAAUGACAGCAGGAGGAGGCGGCGGGUUCAAUAAAGGAAAGGCAACAUUUCCAAUAUUGAAGGAGACGGUGCAACGGUUUUUGCGGAGGAUGAAAAUUGGGAUGAGUUUAUAAAAAAUUCGUCUUUUGCCCACUGACAGAUGACAGAUAUAAUCAUGCGCUUGAAUUUACAGGUCACAUUCGAUUUUCGCCCUAAGCUCUAAAUUCGCUGCGACUGCUGCCGGCUAAGCACACACACACACACAGACACAGGAUGCUGCUCAAUACUUACGCAACGCUGGCGACAUCUGACGGCGUAAUUAGCCAACACUAAUCGUGUAGCUGCUCGCUUUUGCAUUCAAACAACAACAAGAACUAACGGCAACUAAGGGCAGCAGGCAUAGAGAUAAGAAGAAGCAUGGCCAACAACAGCAAUUCGUCGGCAACCGCAUCGCUGGCCACAACGCCGGCGACGACGCCAACAGCGCUGACAACGGCGGCGACAACAGCCAAACGUCUGGGCUAUACGGCUCCCGCGGCCACCGCGUCGGUCAUCUGCGAGGAGGUCUUCGAUGAGGCAUGUUUGCCAUCUUCCGAGGAGAUAAACGAUUAUGCGUCUCUGAUUGGCAUCGAGCCGAGCAAGGAGCCGCAUCUGUUGUAUCUGGCCAAGGAGGGGCUUAUGGCCGCAUUGCCCCCGGAGUGGAAGAUCUGCUAUUCGGAGGAGAAGAGCGGACAUUAUUAUUACAAUACGCGGACCAAGCAAUCGCAGUGGGAUCAUCCGUUGGACGCCGUCUAUCGUGAGCUGGUCGAGCAGACGCGCCAGAAGCUGCUGCUGCUGGGCACGGGGGCGGCUGCUGGUGCUGCCACGCCCAUUAUAGAUAAUUCGGACGAUGUGUCGCAGCUGGACUCGGGCAUACGCAGCAUGCAAGGCACCGACGAGUUGCUGGACGACAUGAGUUCGCCCUUAAACAACGUCGCCAGCCAACAACCAGGACCGGGAGCUGGAGCUGGAGCUGGAGCUGGGAGCAGCAAGCCGCAUGCAAGCGCGUCCGCCGCUUUUCCGGGUCCCAGCGGAUUUAGUGGCGGCGUCAGCCGCUUUCUGGAGACGCGCGGCAAGAGCUUCGGGCCGAUCUUUCAGCCGGUGAAGAACACGCGCUUCGAAGUGGCCAAAACGAAUACACAGAUCAGCUUGGCCAUGAAAUUUGCACCAGCUGCCGCCGAGUCGCAGCCCAAGAGCGGAUUUCAGCUAUCGGGCAACGGCGCCAUGUUCCUCAAGUCGCGACGCCAGCUGGAGCCAACAGAGCCGGCGUCGGGCAAUGCGUAUGGCGUCAAGGGCAUAUUGCGGGACACGAGCUUGACGGACAUGCGACGUCGCUACGAACGGGACGAGGAUGCCACGACGAUGGCGACGACGACGACGACGGCGACGGAGGAUAAGAAGAGCGUGCGAUUUAAUCUGGUGGAGACGCAGCGCAUUUGCAGUUCACCCGUCGUGGAGGAGGAGAAUGCGCGCAAGCCAAGCCAAUCGCCUGAGGUGUCCGACGAGGAGGCCGCCGGGCUGGAGGAGCAUGAGCAGCAGCGCGUGGGGGAGGAGGAGGAGGAGGUGGAGGAGGAGGAAGAGGAAGAGGAUGAGGAGGAUGUGGCAGUAGAGCAUGCCGACGAGGAGGAUGAGGAGGAAGACGAGGACGACGACGACGACGAUGUCUGGGACGAGGAUGUGGCCGAUCCGGACGCCAUGGUGGGCAUGUGCAGCCUGAAUCCCUUCAUCAGUGACUCGCCAAAAGGCAUACGGAUUAUCAGCCUGCCCAAGUCGCAGACCAUACAAAUGCUAAAGGCACAGGAGGAGUCCUCCGGCGUUAAGGCGGAGACGAGCAGCUAUCUGGACAAGCUGAAGGAGUGCGCCGGCGGGGCGACCGUGAAGCCUCUGUACGAGGACACCGACUCGGACUCGAAGGGCAGCUCGGUGCGCAGUUUCAUUGUGAACAAAUCGGAGCAGGACAAUCCCUUCGAGCUGGAGCAGCUGCAGCGCAAAUCGUUGGCCACCAGCGAAAAGCUCGGCAUGCGCAGCCUCAAAAUGGCCAGCAAGCUGGUCGGGCUGCUCAAGAGCAAGGAGCAGCAGCAGCAGCAGCAGCAGCAUCAUGGAUCCGGCGAGCUGCUCGGCGAGGAGGACAUGGAGGCCAUCAAGCGGGAGCAUGAGGCGCGCCUGAAGAGCCUGCGCCACGACUACGACCUGCGGCUGAGCGCGCAUCAGCAGCAGCUGGAGGAGGCAUUCCAGCUGCAGCUGGAGGAGUAUCGCGGACAGCUGGAGCAGCAGCUGCAAUCGAAGCGCGCCCAGGUAGUGCACGAGCACAAACAGCGCAUGGCCACGCUGCAAUCGAAUCAUGCCGAGCUGCUGCACGAGCUGGAGCGCGAUCUGCGCUCCGAACAGGAGCUGCUGCGACGCGAGCACGCCGCCAAGCUGGGCCAGAUGCGCGACAAGCUCAGCCACGAGCUGGAGCUGGAGAAGCAGCGACUGCGCGACAAUGGCGAGGAGCGUCUCUACGAGAAGGUGCGCUGCGAGAAGCGACUGCUCGAGGACAAGUAUCGCUGCCUCAAGGAGAAGUAUGUGCGGCUCAAGACCGAUGUGAAGCUCUCGCUAGAGCGGCGCAGUCGACGUCGCGAGGCGCAGGCGCUGCAGCAGCAGCUGGAGCAGGGCCAGGGUCAGGGCCAGACGCAAACGACAACCAACUCGGAGACGGAGCGCUCGCUCUCGCAGAAGCCCUCGAUUGGCAACAGCGAGAACCGUUCGCUCAGCUACUCGGAGCAGGCCGGCGCUGGAGCUAUUGGUGGCUCUGGCGGCGUCAAGCUGAAGCCGCCUGUGCCGCCCAAGACGCACCUGAGCAAGCCGUCGGGCAUUGCCAGCAAGUACAUUAAGCAGCUGCAGCUGCAGGAGGACACAAACACCUCGCUCAGCCAGUCGGACACGACCAUAUCGAACAACUACGGCAAGGGACGCUAUUUGGCGCCGGCUCCUAACACCGCCAGCACCGUGCUGCUCAGCGACAAUGGCAACUCCGACUCGGAGGCACAGCACGAGACCAACAAUAAUAACAAUAAUAACAACAACAAGUUGGCAGCGCCGCGCAAGAAACUCUUCUCACGCACGAAAUCCGCUUCGACAUCGCGUCUCAAUUCGGAGAACUUCAAGCAGCUGGAACAGCGUCCGUGUACGCCCGUCGAGAAUCUGCGGCAUCAGCUGCAAAAGCUGGAGGAUCUGGAGGAUCAGUUGCCGGAGCAUACGCUGGACACCACCUAUCAUUUGCGCUAUCCGUUCACGGACAUUGCCGGCGAGCAUGCCCAGCUGGUUGGCACCGUGGUCGGCUCCGAGCUGGAGUUCUUCAAGCAUCGCAUCCAUUUGGAGCGCGACUCGGUGCGUCGGGCCAAGGAAUCGCUGCGCACGCAACGCACCAAUUUCCGGGCACGUCAGCGUGAGAUUAAGCAGCGCCACAAGAGUUUGGCGCUGGCCGCGACGCGACACUCGCUGGAUCAGCUCAUCCAGGAGGAGAAGGAGCUGACCGAAAUGGAGGUGAAUCUGCAUCGGACGCGUGCGCUGCUCGGCGAGAAGGUCAUCCGUUUGCGUCAUCUCGAGCAGAGUCUGCUGCGCAUCUACGAGAAGGAGAAGCAGCCCAGUGUCGAGCCGGAGCCCAAGGAUGAGGCGGCCACGCUCAGCGAUCUGUCCUCGCACUCCAGCUCCGGCUUCAGCAGCACGGACUUCGCCAGCGGCGCUGCCGCCGAUCUGCACAAGCGCAAGGAGUACUUCCAGCAGGAGUCCAACGAAUGCAUACAGAAUCUCGAGAUACUCAAUGCCGAAAUACGCGAAAUCCUAGACAUACUCGGCCACAAGCAACAGCAGCAGCAGCACCUGGCCAUGGCCAUGCCGCUUAUCUCCCCGAACGAGCUCAGCUGGUCGCACAUGCUCAGCCAGCAGUCCGGCACGGGCACGGCCACGGGCACGGCAACGGCCAGCGCCGGAUCGAAUCCGAGCGUGCAUGCACCGCAAUCGAUACCGACGCUGGCGGAUCGACUGGAGACGUAUCGCCAGCUGGCCGCCGGACGCAUGCACAGCUCGAUGGGCGGCGCCAUCUUGGCGGCCAAUACGAUUGUCUCGCAGAGUCCGCGCGCCGUCAACUAUACGACCAGCCUGGUGGAGCGGACGCGCGACUUGCGCAAUUGGCUGCGUCAAGCCAAGACCGAGCAUGAGCUGCUCACCGGCAUCGGUGUCCAGCAUGGCCUGACCCUGCCGCCCUCAGUGCCCGGCAGCGCUGGCGCUGGGGGCGCGGCCGGGGGCGGGGGCGGAGGAGCGGCGUGCUCGACCCAAACUAAUUUGUAAGCCAAAGCAUCACUAGUCCAAGCUCUGGACAGAGUCUGGUAAUACCCUUUACAGAAAGAAAAAAAACAAAUACCCUCUAAAAAGUGCAGAGGGGUAGCUUGAUUUAGCCGAUUAUUAUGCCUUUUGUGUCUGCCUUUUACUUGAGCCUAGCAUUGUUUUUGUUUUUUGCACUGAGUUGCCACAGCUGCGCGCAUACCCUGUAAAUAUGUGCCAACCGGGCUUACAGGGUAUAUAUGCAGCUUGAUUGUUUUAGUUAUAUCUAAGUUUUAAGUGUUUUUGACAACUUGUUUUAAGCUAGCGUAAACCACAAGCUAUCAUAAAAAAAAAAAACGAGUAUAUAUAUAUACCCUAAAAUUUUCUGCAUAUAAGGUAUGUUCACAGUUGGGCCAACCAACUAGAGAAAUCAUAGUCGAAUGGCAAAGGGCUGAGUACAUUAACUGAGUACAUUAACUGCAAGUUAAUCUGACUGUCAAAGUUAUUUAGCAGCUUACACUGAAAGAAAUAUAAUCAAACUUACAAGAGAUAUUCCAAAAAAAAUAUAUAUAUAUAUAUAUCUAUAAAGCAACAUAAAUGAAGACAAAAUAGAAGAUAAAAUAAAAACGAAUAACGUCGGCGCGCCAAAGUUAAAAUACCCUUGCAGAGCUUACCAGGGAGUAUUUCCAUAUUAAAAAAAAAGCGAUUUUCCUUUCGAUUCAUUGUUUAUUAUAUGAUAAAGUGGUCCGCUGUUAAAAAGAUUUUGUGGGGAUCUUAAAAGCAAACUACAUUUAAAUAAAAUAAUAAAAUAAAGUUCUUCACUCCAAUUUUGACCCAUUUACCCCAUAGUAAUUCUAUGAUAUAGAUGUCCGAUUUGAGUCUGAAAUUUGACUACAACUUUUAAAGGCCAAAGUUUUCAUUCAAGAGCCAAAGCGGGAAUUAUUUGCAUACGAAAACUCUAUUUCCCGACCGAUUUCACACGUAGUUACGAUACGAUAUAUUUGUUCCGCUAUUAAGAUUUUGCGGGAAUCUUAAAAGCAUACUAAAGUAAAGUUUUUCAGUCCAAUUUUAGCCUAUUUAGCCUAUAGUAACUAUAUAAAAUAGUUGUCUGACUUUACUCUGACCAUAACAUUUAAAUGCCAAGAGGAUAAACUAAAAAGUUUUUCAGUCCAUUCCGAUUUCUAGCUGAACCAGAUAAUAUAUAUAUAUAUAUAUAUACCAUAACGGUCAACGCCUGCAAGCGUGUCAAAUCUAGAUAGUUUUGUGUACUCUUAUAUUUUAUAUAAAUAUAUAAAUAAUUAUUUUGAUAUGAUUUCUGAAUCUGACUAAAAACUUAAAAUGCACAACUAAAUACUUUAUAUAGCAACUUGAAGAACUAUCAAAAAACUAUGUGUUAUAUAUAAUUAACAAAAAAAAAAAAAUUAAAUACCAAAGACAUCAAAAUAAUACUAAAUACGUAAGCAAAGACGAACUUAAGCCGAAUAAGAACUUACUCUACUCUUUUUUCGAUGAAACAAAUUUCUAGAAAAGUAGCUCCUACAAAAACAUAAAAUACUUAAAGUAAAAUAUACCGAAAAUUUAGCUAAAUAAUUAAAAUCAAAUAAUGCUCGAGGCAAACUAGCUUUACAGAUCUUAACUAGUUUUAUAAUUCAUACAAUUAUCUGCAAAUUUCAUUUUUGGUAUUUUUGGUAUAUUUGUUGGUAUGUUUUCGGUAUUUUUGGUAUUUAACAUAUCAGUAAAAAUUUUUGCAACAAAUGAUCUUUAAAGUUCGUUUGUCUCGAGCAUGUCAACAAAUUGUACCAGAGUUGAAACAAAAACAUAAGAAGAAAAA